CGUCGGCAAUUUCAAAGGCGGGAAAGAAAAGCGUUCGCUACGAUUUGUUUAUCUUUGGGAGAUGAACAGUUGUCUUUGGUUCGCUCAGCUACAACAGCAAAGGAUGCAUGGUCAAAAUUGGAAGGCCAUUAUGAAGUGAAGUCCUUGGCAAAUAAAUUAUUCUUGCGUAAAAAGUAUUUUACUAUGUCUAUGGGGGUUGAUGAGUCAAUGAGUGAACACAUCAACAAGAUGAAAGAGCUAGCAGGUCAAUUGGAAGCUGUUGGUGCCUCGAUCACAGAAGAGGACCAAGUUGCAACGCUAUUGUGUAGUCUACCUGAUUCAUAUGAUAGUUUAAUUAUAGCUUUAGAAUCCCGUGCUGGUGAUUUAUCUUUGGAAUUUGUUACUGCAAGGUUACUUCAUGAGGAACAGUAUUGUAUUUCAUCGUGUGAGGUCUUAAACAAUAUCCGAAACCAGGUGCAGUAGUUCAUAAAAAAAGCCAACGAUACAGUUUUGGAAUAGUGGUGACCCUGUUAUGGCCAAAAAUACGCCAACGAAAGUAUACGGAGCGCAUAAUUUGGAAAGCAGCAGUUGUUGUCGGCUGUGUAAAUCAGUCGGUGAUCCCGCACAUCGAUAUAAACUAUUUAACAAAACGAACAGCGAGAUCCUUGCCAUCGCUGAGCAUAUUUAUGGCCAUCCACUUCCAAAAGAAGCAGGACUGCCGCAACUUAUUUGCAGGCCAUGUGAAAGACGCCUUCGUAGUUUCAGCGCGUUUAAGAACACAAUUGUUCAAACGCAAUCAACUUUGACCAAGUUCAAAAGGUGUAACAAAGAUUCGCCUGGCGUGUCACGCGUAUCGAAAAGUUUAAAAUCGGCACAAGAACCUCCGCAAAAACAAUCCCAAAGAGCAAGACAACGUCUCUGUUUUAUGCAAUCUUCGCAUGGGAAAGAGGUAAGUUUUAUUGCAUUCACGUAAGAAACACAAAAAAUGCCAGUCGACAUGUACAAACAAUGCGAAAUGUACAUAUUGUUCUUUUUAAUUGUUGCAAUUUAUUUUAAGUUUAACGUAUUUAUAAUGCAGAUAUGGUUCCUUUAGUCGUUUUUAUGGUAUAUUAUAAUUUAUAAAUGUGUGUAUAAGUAUAAAAAAGUCUUAACUUAAGCCAUUCAAAUUUAAAUCAAGCAUAACGCCGUAUUCUAUUGAAUUUAUCUGACAAGCUAUACAGUACAAUUUACUGUAUCGUUAAUUUGAAAUUGACUAAUUUGAAAGACUGUACUUUUUUUAUACACACUGUAUAGCAAUGUACAUUUUGAUUUUUGUUCAAAAUUCUGUGCAUAUUUGUAGCGAGAUAUGUGCUACGAAUAAAGGAUAUGACAUACCAGUAUAUAAUUUACAAUCUCUACGUUACUGUUGUAAACAAGUGUAAUUUAUUAUUUUACCAAAAUAUUCGUUCUUUCAGAAUGCAAGUGAGUCACAAAGUACGGGUAGGACAUUAACCACGUCUCCAGCUGACAAUUGCCAGGUUCGUAUCAUCGUAUGUGUAUUAAAUACUAAAUUGUCAAUUUACUGUUUAGUUUUACUUUUAAGAUUUUUAUUUCAGUCUCACAGUACAACCAACGUGCCGAUUAUAAACUUACACAAAAAAUCAUUGACUUCUAUUUUCAUUAGGAAACUGUCAAUGUGUCAAACGUGGAAACGGAUCGUCAAAUCCAAAUGGAAAAUUUGUUUUCACUGAUUGAAAAAGAAUUGUUGGACGUCGCGAGAAGGGAAAAUAAAUCAGUCCUAAGAGAGAAAGAUUACCCUGCUUUGAGUUCGCUUAAUUUUCAUGACAUUGUAGAAGAGAUGAAAAGUCGUUGUCCAACUGUAUUUCAGAUCUUAUCAAACAUGGUUCAAUAUCAUAUUAACAGAGAGAAGAAUAUUGUCUCUCUGGGGCUUAUAUAUGCAGUUAUUAUGUUCCGCAGAUGUCACGAGUUGAGUCGUGUACAGAGAGUUAACACUGUACUUCUAACAGAAGGAAAUGCUAAUAGAGAGGUAAGCUGUUAUAAUCGUACAAUUGUUACAUAGCGGUAAUUUAAUUAAUUGAUACUAAGGGAAGUAUGUAUAAUUUCUCAUUCAGUAAUUAUAAUAGAAAGAUAAUAUGAUACCAAAAAAUCGAAACCUACAUUUACAGUAAUUAUAAUUUUUUAAAAUUUUAUUAUAAUGCUUAAUACCGGGCGUUUGCAUAAACAUAUAAUUGAUAACAUAAACAGGCCUAGGAUUGCAAUAAGAAUCACUUGCGAUUAGAAUAUGUUUGGGCGUUGUUUUGUUUACAUGCACUGAGGUAUACUUUUAAUAUAUAAUAUAAAUCUCGAGUAAUCUCCAAGAAUGCAGGAUUUUGCAAUUCCUGGUACCUCAGAUUUCAAAAUUUUCCUGGGUAUGAAUGGUCCCUAACACACCUUAAUUGGCAUAUAUUUGCCCUGUGCCCUGCUAACAUGAAUGGCUUCACAUCAUGCUGCUUGUUAAUUUGAUGUAUUACCUUUAAUAGCUUCAAGAGAGACUCAGCAAGUAUGGACUUUGCCUAGGAAAAACCAUGAAAUAUACCAUACAAGAGGAAAUUGGCAAGCAUUGUUUGGACGAAGCUGUACAACUUGUAAAGGAAGGGAAAACAUUUGUGUUUGUCAUUGAUAACAUUGAUUGGACUUUAAAAGUACAUGACAUGCGCUCUGAUAGACAGAACACAAGUGUUCAUGCUGUUGCCACAAGUAUUGUGUUUGAUCGUGUCAAGUCAGAUGAUUUAAGUGAUGAAAUUCCAAAUGUUAGUCUAAAAAAUGUUGACUUUAAGGAUUUACUUAAAUUGGAUGCUGAAGAAUUGAGAUGCACUCGAGAACGAUACAAAAUUUUUCUUGGGAGAAUUCUGUGCAAUACUUUUGAUUUUUUUCAUUUUAUCAAUGCUGUUGUUCCUGAUCAUACCCCGUGUCGAUACCAACCAGAAAUGGCUAGUCAAUCUGUUGUUGUUCCACUACCAGUAUUAAUGAAGGAUGAAAAAAAGUAUGCAGAUAUAGUUGAUGUCUUGGACCAACUAGAGAGCUGGGCUCAUGAUAUAUACUCGAAAGCUGGUAUUUGUGAUAUUCCCACCAAUGAAGAUCAUACUCCCCCAAAUUUACCAACUGAUAGUAGAUCCAGACCUGACCAACCAUCUGCUCAUGUACCACCAACCCCAGAACCAAAUGACCCUAUGCAGAAUGUUAGAAUUCCAUGCUUUGGAGAUCAGCUUACCAGAGUGAGACUAGCAGGCGCAAAGGACCUCAGAUCAGGAUGCCACACUCCACGAGACAGAUUUGAACACAUUUACCCAAUUAGAAUUGUUGACUGGCAUACUAAGAGGAGUUUCCUUAAGGUACGUAUAUACACAAAUCAUGUAAUUAUGAUAUCAGUAUAUUUUUUAUUAUAAACUUUAACCCAUUAGUGUGGUGCAUAAGGACCAAUAUUAAAGUGCUUAUGAAACAAACUUUUUGCCACAUUCUUUAUUGUGUUAUUAAAAGUACUGCUCAAAUGAUGAAGAAUGGCGUUAACAGUUUAUUCGUAUCUCAUCUCAUUCCCAAGUUAUCACACUUUGUAUAUUUUGAGUUGUGACGUCACAAAAAGGACUUGAAAUAAUGGCAAUAACAAGAAAGUCUGAUAUCUUGGUGACCGUUUAAUAAAAUUCAAUGAAACUUGGCACACUUAGUGGGUGUAACACAAUCAACAAUUUGGCUUGCUUAUAUGGUUGUCAUGGCAACACACUCGUCCCCAGUCCCUUCUCUUCCAAUUUCUAUGUGAUCCAUUUCCAACGAAAUAAAUAGCAAUUUCUGCCAUUUUCGCUCAUUAAUAUAAUACGUGUAGGUAUUGUCAUCAAUUUAAACAGUUAUAACAUGCAAACAUCCUCUGCCAGAUCUACAGGAGGACAAUUUGUAAAAAGGAAGGGAAGAGACUGGGAACUAGUCUGUUGCCAUGGCAACCACAUGACCUUCCAAAAAUAUUUAUAUGGGUGCACCCACUAAGUGUGCCAACUUUCAUUGAAUUUUAUUAAAUACUCACCAAGAUAUCAGACUUUCUUGUUAUUGCCAUUAUCUCAAGUCCUUCUUGUGACGUCAUAACUCAAAACUGAUACAAAGUGCGAUAACUUGGGAAUGAGAUGAGAUACAAAUAAACUGUAAACGUCAUUCUUCAUCAUUUGAGCAGUACCUUUUAUUAAAACAACAAAAAAUGAGGCAAAAAUUUCGUUUCAUAAGCACUUUAAUCCUUGAUAGAGUGUGAUUGCCUGCAUACAUUCUUUAUUCUUUAGAUACAUUCUAUCAAGUAUUUAUUCUACAAUUUGACUAGAUUUUAGUCAUCAGGAAUGAAUCAUUCAAUGAAUCAUUCAAUGAUUCAUUCAUGAUGAUGCCAAACAUUACAUGGCUGUUUUGGACAUAAAUGCACUCAUGCAACUUUGUUAUUUUGGGCUGAAGGCUGGUUAGCUGAUUAAUCCAUUGAGCUACAAUUAAUGCACCCAAAUGCACCCUACUUUAUUGUUUUACUCUAAUGCCAGACAAUUUUACUCAUCAAGAGAGAGAGAUAGUGUGUGAUGCCACUCAAGAGAAGCUAGGUCAAUCUCCUUUUAGUUUGUUAAAAGUGUACUGUACACUAGGAAAUUAAGGUACUGUUUCACUAUGGAAUUGACUUGCAAUUUUGUUGCAAACAAAUUACAAGGUGUACAGCACUUCAUCUCCUCAAGUCUUUCAUUGCAGCAAGAUUUCCACAAAGUAGUAAAAAAAUGUGAGACAAGUUGAACUGUGGUGUAAUUUAUAGUGCCACUUUUUUGUUAGCAGAAGGUGAUUAGUAAAAAAAAAUCUAUUGAAAUGUGCUGGCCUGCAUGCAGUCCUAUACCUCAAAUAUUCAUGAAGCUGCACUAUGCUUUUACUGUGUGCCUAGUAUAUCAUACAUAUAGCAACUCUGUAAUACUUUUGAAGCUCGGUAAGAAUGAUACAAGUAUGUUAUUGUAAUCUGUUUAUAAUCUUUAUUCUCAUCAUGCAGCGGCAUAGCUAGCCUGACAAUUUAGCCCCGCUAUGAAAAUUCAAAAUUUUUAUCAUUAUUCAUUUCUUAAUUAGAAAUUGAUUGUUUUUAUAGUCAAUAAACACAAAAAUAUUUGCAUAGCAGGACUAAAUUGUCGGGCUGGCUACGCUACUGAUUCUCAUCAUCAGAGGAAGUGAUGGGUCCAGUAUAACAAAUGAGUGGCAUUACUCUCUUUUGAUGAGUAAAAUUGUCUGCCACUAGUAAAACAAUAAAGUGAGGAGCAUUUGGGUACAUUGUAGCUUAAUGAAUUGAUGACCUAACCAGACUAUUUGCCCAUGCCUUCCUCAGUUUACAACUUUGUUAUGAGGGCCCCCUCAUCUGGGAAUAUAGCCCCAUCCCCCCCCCCCCCCCCACCUCAUCCGGAAAAAUUAAGAAAUUCAUCAGAGACCUGCCAACAAACACAGUUUACAAAUUAUGCCAAUAUAUAUGGAAAAAGGGUAAAUUAUACAUUAAAUUUUUAACAAAGUAUGGUCCAUAUGGCCGGCAAUUGUGAGCCGCUUUUUUGCAUGCAUGUUGUUUAAUAUUAUAAACUUAUGUUGACCGGGACCACCCGGUAUUAAAAUUAUGUUUGCUGUAAACCGAUUAAUUCAUAAUAUAUCAGGGGCAGCACCGAGCCGAUUGGGGGGUGUUGCCGCAAACAGUUUUAACUAAUGUAGAUAGGAAGAUGUUAUUUCCAGGAAUAAUUUUUGACCUUCAACAACUAUUUUAGGAAAAUGUUGGGGGCCAAAAUUCAAACAGGGCCCAAAAUUAUGGAUUAUAAAAAAAAUUGCUAGACCCCCCCCCGGAUCAUAUCCCCUCUGUCUGGGAAUUUCUGGCACCACCCACUUUUACAUUUAUGUGUUGUUUGUAAUAUAAAAGAUUAACCCAUUGCGUGGUAGCACUGACUUCCCUUGAUGGUGCAUCAGAAUGCAUUACCACUUGAAAGGCUAAAAUGGGAAAUUCCAGAAAACGUCCAUGCCUCGCCCAUUGGAGUAAAUUGGAAGUUUAACCCCUCUAUCCCUUACCGACUGUACUCAAUACAUUUACUAUUAUCAGAAACAAAUUUUUAUGUAACCCUCCCUCCUCUUCUGUACAGCAAAAAAUUUCCCUGUGGGGGGAGUGGAUCUUUUCUGGAACGAUCCAAUAGCAAAAAAUGAGCAGAGCUAGGGGUGAUAUUUAAUAUAUUUCUUUGCAAAUAAAAAAAUAAUGCAAUAUUCUAACAUCAUGUUUAAAUAUUUAGGUUAUAUUCCAUAAGCUCUACAAGAAUUCAGCGCGUGAGCAAGGAACAGUGAGAUAUUUUCGAGAAAAGCUUCAGAGACGAAAUGUGACUAAGGAUGUUAAACACUAUGAAGAUUGCGAGCAAUUCUUUCUUAGUUUGGGCAAAUGCUUCACAAUUGAAGCAUUGAUCCAAUUCUUUGGUAUGGAAAACCAAGAUGACCAUCCUACCAAGCACAAACCACCAUCCAACAUAAAUGAAAUGGGGAGAGAAGAAAUUGAGAAGUAUUAUGAAGAUGUUCUAGAUGAAUUCAUCAAUCAAUUUCUUCUUGCAAAUAUGACCGGCAGUGAUUCAGAUGAGAAUGACUUUGUCAACAAUUAUUCCAUAUGUUUACUGCAGUACUUUUUUAUGCUGCAUGAUAUGAAGGAUGCAGUUCAUGAAGGCAAUGGAGAGAGGCUUGCAACCCUGCACAAGCAGCUACUUCAUUUCAAGUCUGUACAAGGAUUCAACUCGUAUGCAAUUGAGAUGCUUAUCAAUGUGGUGCAAAACAUGGUGUUUCUUUCUCCAGCACAGUCCCACCAAUGCAUUUGGGCAUCAACAGCAAACUGGAAAGGUGGUGCUCAAAGAAAUGUAGAAAUUGAUCUACUCCAAGAGAACAGAAACAGAGAUUUAAAAAAGCUGAUAAAAGGGAUGGGUGCCAAUAAAACUGACAAGGCCAUUGAUAAUGCGAGCAGAGCUGUAGGUGGAGCAAGGAAGAUUGCAGAAAACUUUGAUUACAUGGUUUACCGAGAAGCAAAGUCAUCAUCACACAGUCAUGCAUCAUCUUUAAAAGAUGAAUCAAAAGUUUUAAGUGACCUUCGCAUUUUGAAACCAUUCUCCAUUCAACCGAAUAGAAAGCAUGCAUCAUUUCGUAAAAUAAAAUAAAAUUCUUUGGAAACCCUUGAUGAAAAGGAAUUGGAUGAAUGGCUUCAGAGACAUAAGAAAAAUCUGAUGUUAGAGUCUCCAAUUGAAUUGGAUGAAGAUGAAAUGGAUGAAGAUGACAUGGCUGAAGAGGAAUUUUAUGAACAUGAAUUUGACGAAGAUGACUUAUAA